AUGGGUGGAAGUAUAAAGAAAGAUGCACCGUACGUCUCCAGAACUAUCAGAAAAAGACUGAACGCAAUGGAAAUAACUAAACUAUCGGAGAUACAGGAGAAAAGCAUUCCGUACGCACUGGAGGGCCACGAUCUUCUGGGCAUUGCAAACACGGGGUCUGGGAAAACACUGGCAUUUCUCAUACCAGCAGCUGAAAUGCUCAGAAAAGAGAAAAACGUUGCAACUCCCAAAGUGCUGAUCAUAUCGCCAACAAGAGAGCUGGCCCUGCAGACGUCUCGCGUAUCGCAGAAGCUGUUCGCUGAUUAUCCAGAAAUUAAAACAGUUUUGCUCAUAGGGGGAAAUAAAAAAUCCGAAGAACUUGCAGAAAUAGAGAAAGGCUGUGCCAUCGUUGUAAGCACCCCUGGAAGACUGCUAGACCAUUUGAGAACAGGGCUUCUUCUGAACAAGAUAAAACUGGCUGUUUUAGACGAAUCAGACCGAAUUUUAGACAUUGGGUUUGAAAAAGAUAUGCUGAAUAUUCUCUCCUAUCUCCCGAAAAAAAGACAGACACUGAUGUUCAGCGCAACAAAUACUGAUAACGUACUGUGCAGAUCGUGGCUAUCCAACAAGUACAAAAAAGUACACGUUAAGAUAGAUGACAAAAUAACAGCAGAAGGGCUGAAGCAGUCUUUUGUGAUGUGCCCAGAGGACAUGAGAUUCUCUCUUCUUUUUUCAUUUCUGAAGCGAACAGACGGGAAAAUAAUAGUGUUCUUUUCGACCUGUGCAUCUGUUAUGUUCCACGGUGAGCUUUUCUCUCUCCUUGGAUUUAAUGCAGGAAUGCUGCACAGCGGAGUGAAGCAGGACAGAAGAGCCAGAGUAUUUGACGAGUUUUGUGAGGGAAAGAUCAAAAUACUUUUCAGCACAGAUGUUGCAGCAAGGGGUCUAGACAUUCCAGGAGUAAGAUGGAUUGUGCAGUAUGACCCUCCCACAGACCCUAAGGAGUAUAUACACCGAGUGGGAAGAACGGCCAGAGCGGGGGCAGAGGGUGAGGCUCUUUUGUUUCUUCUUCCGCAUGAAAAAGUGUUUAUUAAAUAUCUGGAGAAGUUGGGCGUAGAAGUUGAUGAGCUGGAAUACAAGAUGCCAAAGGACAUAACAGAGCACUACAUAAAAACAAUCAGCUCCAACUAUUAUCUGGAAAAGGGAGCUAAAGAAGCACUGAGAGGAUAUCUGCAGGCAUACUCAGGACACAAGCUGAAAAGAGUGUUUGACGCCUCAAAGAUAGAGCUAAACAAAAUCGCAAGGUCAUUUGGCCUGUCAUCAAUGCCAAAAAUAGAUUUAACAAUAUGCGCUCGGAGUAAAUAG